UGUCCAUCCCCUUGGACUGGGUUGGGAGAACACAGGAAACACCCCAGCCCUCUCCCACAGAGCCUCAGCCUGUGACAGCUACUUCCCUGACGAGCAGAACGGCCUGAAGCCAGCAGCAGAGCCAGCUCCGACAGAGGCAGAACUGCCUCUGCAGCCUCCUGUAGCUAACAGCCCCAUCCACAGCCUCUCCAGGGCAGGUGCUUCCAGGAGCAACCCAGACAUUAGUUGGUCCUCAUGUCAGUCAAACCUAGUCCUGGGCCUGGGCCCACCUUGGCACCCAACAAUGAUUUUGAAGAGAUCCACAACUGGACACAGCUUCUCCAACUCUUCAACCACACCUUUACUGAUUGCCACAUGGACCUCAACGAGAAUACCAAACAAGUGGUCCUCUUCGUCCUCUAUCUGGCCAUCUUCGUGGUGGGGUUGGUGGAGAACGUCCUGGUGAUAUGUGUCAACUGGCACCGCUCAGGUCGGGCGGGGAUGCUGAGCCUAUACAUUCUCAACAUGGCCAUUGCAGACCUGGGCAUCAUCCUAUCUCUGCCUGUUUGGAUGCUGGAGGUCAUGCUGGAGUACACCUGGCUCUGGGGCAGCUUCUCCUGCCGCUUCAUCCAUUAUUUCUCCCUUGCCAACAUGUACAGCAGCAUCUUCUUCCUCACGUGCCUGAGCAUCGACCGCUACUUCACGCUCACCAAUGCCUCUCCCUCCUGGCAGCGCCACCAGCACCGAGUACGGAGGGCUGUGUGCGCAGGCGUCUGGGUCCUCGCGGCCAUCAUCCCUUUGCCUGAGAUUGUGCAUAUCCAGCUGCUGGACGGCUCUGAGCCCAUGUGCCUCUUCCUGGCACCUUUUGAAACGUACAGCACCUGGGCCCUGGCAGUGUCCUUGUCUGCUACCGUCCUGGGCUUCCUACUGCCCUUUCCUCUCAUCGCAGUUUUCAACAUUCUAUCGGCCUGCCGGCUUCGGAGGCAACAACGGUCAGAGAGCAGGCGCCACUGCCUGUUGCUGUGGGCUUACACAGCGGUCUUUGUAGUCUGCUGGCUACCCUACCAUGUGACCACGCUGCUGCUCACUCUGCAUGCGACCCACAUCUUCCUUCACUGCCACCUGGUUAACCUGCUCUACUUCUUUUACGAAAUCAUUGACUGCUUCUCCAUGCUGCACUGCGUCGCCAACCCCAUCCUUUACAACUUUCUUAGCUCAAGCUUCCGGGGCAGGCUCCUGAGCAUUGUGGUCCGUUACCUCCCCAAGGAGCAAGCCAGGGCAGCGGGCGGGCAAGCCUCCUCUUCGUCAUCCACCCAGCACUCCAUCAUCAUUACCAAAGAUGACAGCCUGCCUCUGCAACAAAUAUCCACUCCCAACCCAUCCAAAACUUUCCGGCACCCUCUCUGCCUCCAAACACCUCACCUACACUCUGCAGUUCCAUAGCCAGCUAAGGUAGAUUCCAGGCUCU